CAGAGGGAGAGGAAGAUAGGAAGAAGAGAAUAAGAGAUGAGGGAGGAGAGAGACCGCACGGCAAGGCUUGGUCCCACUACCACCAUUACCAUUGCUGUCGCGUUGUUGUCAUGGGAGAGAGAGAAGAUUAGCCGCACAUGAGACUGCGACGGAGAAGAAGACUGGAGCUGUACCGUCGUCACUACCACACACCGUCCUGCCUCUGGAGCCAAUUGGAACCUUCGCCGUCAAGUCACUUUGUCGCCGUCGUCGUCGUCAUUGCAGCGGCAAGGGGCCGAACAGGGGGAUAUAGGUAUGUGGAGGAGGGAGGAGCUGCUAUGCCGUCGUUGAGCAACUGCCGCCGCUGGAGCUCGCCAUUGAGGCUGCUAGAUCCCCUGCCCACCUGCUUCGCGUGCUACCCUUGCUUUGCUCUGCUGGGGGUUGAGCCCUACCUCUCCCCUAUUCAUCAGAGCAUGUGGUGUUGCUGUGGGAGUCACUGUCAGAGGAGAGAAACUGCCGCAACCACUAUUCUAUUGUGUCCUUCAUCGUCGAUGUCGGGGAGGUCACCGGAGCUACUGAUGCUCCAUCUCCUUAUUUCCUUUGUGAGAAUUGAAGUUGUUGCUACUAUCCCAGUCCAAAUUUUGUGCUCUUUCAUUCCAUCUACUUCAACCUUCUUCACCUUUUAUCUUGGCACUUUGGAUUUGGUCUCUUCGAUCCCUUGA